GCCGCGGUGCGGUUAGGGGCGAACAAAAGGAGCCGGAGCCGGCGUGAGGGAGGGCGGGGGCCGAGCGGCCAGGGAAGCUGUUCCCAUGGCGUGUGGGGAAUGCAACGCUUCAGCACCCACUCAGGAUCCAGCACGCAGGAACAUCAUCUACUUCCAGCACAGAGAACUGAAGUGCAGAUAGCAGAACUCAGCUGCAAGAUUGUCUACACAGACAUCAUCAGGAACUGUGAUUUGGGGAGCUAACUACUGGCUUUGUUUGCGAUGUUCUGGAGUGCAGGUGAAUCAUGAUUCCAGUCACUGAAUUGCGCUACUUUGCUGACACUCAGCCAGCAUACCGCAUCCUGAAGCCAUGGUGGGACGUCUUCACGGACUACAUUUCCAUAGUGAUGCUGAUGAUUGCAGUGUUUGGAGGGACGCUUCAGGUCACCCAGGACAAAAUGAUUUGUUUGCCCUGUAAAUGGGUUACCAAAGACUCUUGCAAUGACUCAGUCAGAGGUUGGACAGCCACAACCCCAGAGCGUACCUACUAUAAUUCUAGUCUUGUUCCCUCUACUGAUACUGGGCCUACGGGGAUCCGAUAUGAUUUGGACCGGCACCAGUAUAACUAUGUGGAUGCAGUGUGUUAUGAGAACCGUCUUCACUGGUUUGCCAAGUAUUUUCCUUAUCUGGUGCUGCUACAUACUCUCAUCUUCCUGGCUUGUAGCAACUUCUGGUUCAAAUUUCCAAGGACCAGCUCCAAGCUGGAGCAUUUUGUGUCUAUUUUGCUUAAGUGUUUUGACUCUCCGUGGACGACGAGGGCAUUAUCGGAGACAGUGGUGGAAGAGAGUGAUACUAAGCCAGCAUUUGGGAAAAUGAAUGGCUCCAUGGACAAGAAAUCCUCCACAGUCAGUGAGGAUGUGGAAGCCACUGUUCCCAUGCUGCAGAGAACAAAGUCUCGAAUUGAGCAAGGGAUUGUGGACCGGUCUGAGACUGGUGUCUUGGACAAAAAGGAAGGUGAACAGGCCAAAGCACUCUUUGAAAAAGUGAAAAAGUUCCGCACACAUGUGGAAGAGGGAGAUAUAGUUUAUCGCCUGUACAUGAGACAGACCAUCAUCAAAGUGAUCAAGUUCAUUCUGAUCAUCUGCUAUACUGUUUACUAUGUCAACAACAUAACAUUUGAUGUUGACUGUAAAGUGGACAUUGAGAGCUUGACUGGCUACAGGAUGUACCGCUGUGCUCAUCCUUUGGCCACCCUGUUCAAAAUCUUGGCAUCUUUCUACAUCAGUUUAGUGAUAUUCUAUGGCUUGAUCUGCAUGUACACGCUCUGGUGGAUGCUGAGGCGAUCACUCAAGAAGUACUCCUUUGAGUCCAUCCGGGAGGAGAGCAGUUACAGUGACAUUCCUGAUGUGAAAAAUGACUUUGCUUUUAUGCUCCAUCUGAUCGAUCAGUAUGACCCACUGUACUCAAAGCGCUUUGCUGUCUUCCUGUCGGAGGUGAGUGAGAACAAACUGCGGCAGCUGAACCUGAACAAUGAGUGGACUUUGGAGAAACUGCGCCAGAGGAUCACCAAGAACUCCCAGGAUAAGCUGGAACUGCAUCUUUUCAUGUUGAGUGGCAUUCCUGACACGGUCUUUGACCUCAUUGAGCUGGAGGUCUUGAAGCUGGAGCUUAUCCCCGAUGUUACCAUUCCCCCAAGCAUUGCUCAGCUCACAAGCCUUAAGGAACUGUGGCUCUACCACACAGCUGCCAAAAUUGAGGCUCCAGCCCUUGCCUUCUUGAGGGAGAAUUUGAAAUCUCUCCACAUCAAGUUCACAGACAUCAAGGAGAUUCCUCUUUGGAUUUAUAGCCUGAAGACACUAGAGGAGCUUCAUCUGACAGGGAAUUUGAGUGCUGAAAACAACCGGUACAUUGUAAUAGAUGGAUUGAGGGAGCUGAAGAGGCUGAAGGUGUUACGGUUGAAGAGUAACCUCACCAAGCUGCCACAGGUGGUGACAGAUGUUGGUGUGCAUCUUCAGAAGCUUUCAAUCAACAACGAGGGCACCAAACUCAUUGUUCUCAACAGCCUUAAGAAAAUGGUCAAUUUGACAGAGCUUGAGCUGAUCCGUUGUGACUUGGAACGCAUUCCUCACUCUAUCUUUAGCCUCCACAAUCUGCAGGAGAUAGACCUGAAGGACAAUAACCUAAAGACUAUUGAGGAAAUCAUCAGCUUCCAGCACUUACAUCGUCUCACUUGCCUUAAACUGUGGUACAACCACAUUGCCUACAUCCCCAUGCAAAUAGGCAACCUAACCAAUUUGGAGCGCCUUUACCUGAAUCGUAACAAGAUAGAAAAGAUCCCUACCCAGCUCUUCUAUUGCCGAAAACUUCGAUAUUUGGAUCUUAGCCACAACAACUUGACUUCCAUACCGCCAGAUGUUGGACUUCUUCAAAACCUGCAGAACCUAGCUGUGACAGCCAACAGGAUUGAGAGUCUCCCACCAGAGUUGUUCCAGUGCAGGAAGCUGAGAACCUUGAACCUGGGAAACAAUGUGCUGCAGUCACUCCCAUCCCGGGUUGGAGAGCUGACAAAUCUGUCGCAGAUAGAGCUACGAGGAAACCGCUUGGAGUGCCUGCCUGUGGAGCUGGGAGAAUGUCCUCUGCUGAAACGCAGCGGGCUUGUGGUAGAGGAGGACCUGUUCAACACGCUGCCCUUGGAAGUCAAAGAGCGUCUGUGGAGGGCAGACAAAGAGCAAGCUUGAACCCCUGAAAAAAGGGAAAAGCCUCUGACCAACUAGAAGGAAGCAAAAGGCCAUUCCAGUCCCUUUUUCCCCCAGAUCCUCCCUUUUCUCCCCUCCGAUCACUACCAGACUAGCCAAGGAGUCCCUGAACAAAUAUGACUCUGAAUGAGGCAGCUUCUUGCCUCAGAUGCAGGAUGGGGGAAGCUUGGGAUCAGGAUGAGGAUCAAGACAGAUUAGUCAGCCUCUGAGCAAGGGACAGUGGGAGUAAGAUGUUGCUGUUCUGGACAGGAAGUGGGGUGAGGUGGAUGGUGCUGGUGAGAAGAAAUAACCUUUGAAUGGAGGAGAAAACGAAAUGUGGGGAUUGCCCCAUUGCUCCAAAUGGGGCUUAUACGUGUUGGGGACUGAGAGUGUCCAGAGUCCUACAAGCAAAGAUCAAGAGACUAGGAAACCUCUUGCACCUCCAUCUCUGUGUGACACAUAGUGCUGUUCCCCUCUGAUUCGGAGACUCAGUCAGUGAGGCCCCACGGUGGGGUGGGAUAGGAUACAGACAGCUGAUCUUAUCUAGAUGCUGGCGUUAGGAUUUGGGGGAUAAACUUCUCAGACAUCAGCUUGAAUGCAGGAUCUUUUUUUUUUUUAUUAAUUGUCUUUCCCCUUUGCACUCCACACCUUCUCUUCUCUCCCUGGAGAAGGAACCAAAUCCCCAAACUCUAUCUGCUCUUUUUUUAAGAUUGCACUAUUUUAACAGUUUCAAUACACUUGUGUUGAUGAGUAGAUCACAUAGCAUCCUUCUCCAGCUGCUGUGCUGGAGGCACUAACUGACAUAAUUCCAGAGCUUUAGCCUGUUCUGAAAUGGAUGGUUGUAGUGCAAGUGGGAGAAGAUCUGGAUAAAAAGCAGUUGGACUGUCUAAUCUACUCUCCCAGAAGCGCUGAGUUGCUUCAGGAUCUGGCUUUUAAAGUUUUUAAGCUACUUUUAAAUUCCUGAUAUUUUGUCAUGUAUCAAAUAUGAACAUACAACUGGCCAGUGUGUUGGGGUCUCUCCUGGGGUUGGUGGUGUUAGUAAAGAGGAACACUCAGGUUACCUCUGCACCUCUCGCCCCUCCGUUAAGUUGUUAGAUGCUUUGCCAGUGUUUUUCAUGAACACAGCCUACAGAGCUGCUUGAUGGUUCUUUUCUGUUGUCCUCGCUCUAACAGCUGUCAGUUCCUGUUACACCUCUUCACCCAAAUAAGAGGCUAAUGCUGAUUGAAUUUGGUGCUGGAAACCUGUCCUGUUUCUUCCCCUUUUCAUUCCCUUGGUGUUAAGGAGCAGUGUGAGAAUCCUCUGUGGACUGAGCUCCUCUAGAUCCCUGGAACAGAGCAGUCUUUAUUGAAACAAGUCUGACCUGUUUGGUAUUGUUUGACAAAAAAAGUCCCAAACAACCCAACCUUCUGCACUGGCAGAGGUAGAUAACUUGUAAUAGCUACUGAUAAUCAUGUCCUUAAGGUGGGGUGGUUAAGGUGUGCCUACAGUACACCCUUAUUCUGCUCUUUUCCAUCAGGAGGAGGAGGAGGAGGCUCAUGGACCUGCAGGUCCUUGUUAUAAUACUCUGCAUCAGACCAACAGGUUGGCUCCAAGGUGGAGUGCUGCAAGCUGAGGCAUGAGAAGUCGGGAGCCUCCCCUGGGUACAAAAUGGGGAAGCUGCAGCCAUCUCCAAACUGGUUCCUGGCAAGUGGCCAGCAAGUGCCCUGGCUUAGCAAAUCGUGGUGAUCCCUUGGAUGUUGGGGCAAUAAGGCACGCUGUGGCUUUCUUCAUCAGAUGUAAGAUACGAAAUAUAUACACUAAACAUGCUGAAACCAUGAACAAUGUUAACUGGGCUCUGGAUUUGUUGGUGUUCAGAUGCUUAAAUAAAGCUACAUUAAAAUCCA